UCUCCUCCCUGGCUUGACAACCUCAGUCACUCAUCCCUCCAUCCUGCAACGCUCUCUUCUUUCUAGGAAGUGAUAUCAACCACCGGCCAAGAUGUCAGAUAAAAAGAUGUCAUCGAGUCGCAGGCAACAUCUGAAGAGCUUGAUGCUCCAGAUUGCCCAGGGGGUCAUAGAGGCUGAGGCCAUCCAGGCAGAGGAGGAGAAAAACAGGUACAUGGAUGAGAAUGUCCCCUCCCUCUCCGUCCCAGGAUCCAUGCAGGAACUCCAGGAUCUGUGCAAGAAGCUCCACCAGCAGAUUGAUAUAGUUGAUGAACAGAGAUAUGACACACAAAGCAAAGUAGCCAAGUCCGAUAAGGAGAUUGAGGAUCUGAAGAUAAAACUACAGGACCUGAAGGGAAAGUUCAAGAAGCCCGUCCUGAAGAGAGUGCGUAUGUCUGCUGAAGCUAUGCUCCAGGCUCUGCUGGGCUCCAAACACAAGGUGUCCAUGGAUCUGAGGUCCAACCUGAAGCAGGUCAAGAAGGAGGUCAAGGAGGAGGUGAAAGAUGCAGCUGACUGGCGUAGGAACAUUGAGGACAAGGCUGGCAUGGAUGGUAGAAAGAAGAUGUUUGAGUCCGACCCUUAAACAAGUCCCCCAAUAUGUGUAUUACUGUUCAUAAGUCUCAUCUGAUAACAUCCUCCAUUUUAAUCUACCCCCCCACGACCGUGUUUGCUCAGGAUGAGGAAGAAUGUGUGAUUGCUCAGGAUAGUAGUAAAGCGUGAAUACAGGUAGUAGUAUUAGUAGUAGCAGUAGUAGUAGUAGUAGUAGUAGUAGUAGUAGUAGUAGCAGUAGCAGUAGUAGCAGUAGUACUAGGUAAUGUAUAUGAAGAGAAGUGAACAUUUUCUGUUUAUUUAAAUGUUAUUUAUCCAAGAAGCACCAUCGAGGUCAGGAGAUCUCUUUCACAAGGGAGACCAGGCCAAAAGGGCAGCUCACUUAAAAACACAUACAUCAAACAUACCACAGUGUAUACAGCACACAGCACAGCACGACAUCAACAUCAACAACAAUACAUAUCUGUGUUGAUUUGUCAGUGUCACAGUGUCUGCUAAAUGAGCAGAAUGUAGUGGUUAGUGCUGCCACCUAUAGACCAUAAUGGAACCAGAGUGGACGUUGGUUUGAAUCUGACCCGUCGUCCUGUAUGAUACAUGUAGAGGUUAGUGCUGCCACCUAUAGACCAUAAUGGAACCAGAGUGGACGUUGGUUUGAAUCUGACCCGUCGUCCUGUAUGAUACAUGUAGAGGUUAGUGCUGCCACCUAUAGACCAUAAUGGAACCAGAGUGGACGUUGGUUUGAAUCUGACCCGUCGUCCUGUAUGAUACAUGUAGAGGUUAGUGCUGCCACCUAUAGACCAUAAUGGAACCAGAGUGGACGUUGGUUUGAAUCUGACCCAUCGUCCUGUAUGAUUCAUUCUCUUCUUGUUAUUCCUAUUUACUCUAAUAAAAUAAAAUACUUCAA